AUGUUGGGGUUUAUCAUAAGGACUUCUAGAAGCGGUCUUAGUGUUGAGGCGAUGAAGAUAGCAUAUACAGCGCUAGUUAGAUCUGUGUUGGAGUACGGCUGUGUUGUGUGGUGUCCCUACCAACUUGGACAUAUUCAGCGACUCCAGAGCAUACAAGAUAGCUUUGUUAGGAUAAUUGGUACCAAGCUGGGAUACAACUACAGUGAAGUUCCCUUGGAGUUGGUAGCGGAUCAAUUGGGGCUGGCUCCAUUAUAUGCGAGAAGGAGACUGCAUGACCUGGUGUUUCUACAGAAGAUCCUCACUGGAGAUGUCGAUUGCUCGGAGUUACUCCACCUCAUCAAUCUCAGAGUACCUGGUAGAACUCGGUCUCUGGACAUCUUCUGUGUACAGCAUUGCUCCACCAACUAUGAAUUUCACAGUGUCAUCCCCAGAUUACACCGGCUUGGUAACCUAAUCUGCCAUCACCACGACUUUUUUUGCAAUAGUGUGUCAUCGCUGAAAAGGAUAUUUUUAUUAUUGGGCUACACUAUGUAA